GCAGAGGUGUUUUCUAUAUCAUUUAUUAAAUCUUUGAGAACAAGAUCAUUCCAAACUUCUUCGCCACUGUCCUUGUCAGUUGCUGAAUCGUCGUCCACAUGAUCCUCUGAAGAGCUUGGAUUCAUACCAAAAUCAUUUGAAUCGUUCAAAGGAUUAUCGUCAACAGAACAGGCCCCAUCAGAUUCCUGGAAAAGUGAAGGUAUAUUAAGUAAUUGGAAUCCAUCAAUUGCAAGACUGCAAGUUGCGUUUUGCAUUUUGCAUAUUAAUGUUAGCAGGUGAUCUCUGCAAGCUCAAAUAUAUUCGGUAUAAUAAUAUUGUGGACAUAGCUGCAUUGUUAACUAUUAUAUAAUUGUUAACUAUGACAAACAAUAACAGCACUUGUGUAUUUGAACUAAACUUUAUACUGGUGUAUAUUUUUUAUGUAUGUAUGACUGUACUCUAUGUAUGUAUACAGCUAUUUCAAUGAAGGUUGUCCCCGAGCAAAGCGGAAAAGUUGAAAACAAGCGCGAAAGGCUUGCUGGAAAUCGCUAAAAAAAUUUCCGCUUUGCUCGGGGACAACUUUAACUGAAAUAGCUGUAGUUAGUAGCAGUGGUGAAUAUAUCAAUCCUAUGAUAUAUCUUCCUUCCCAGUUUAGAUCUGCUCCCCCCCCCCCCCUGCAUAGAGUGAAGCCAGUGGUGUAUGGAAUCUUCUAUUUUUAUGUGCUGGACAGCAAUGCAGGUAUUUUUGGGGUGCACAAAGACAGUCAGUGCCUGCAAUGACAACUUCAUUACUUUUAGCGUCUUUGUGCGCCAAAUACAUGUACAUAUAAUGCCUGUUUACACUUGCAAUUUUUGUUGCAAUGCAACUUCAGAAGAGAUUUUCUGCUCCUGAUGGAUUUGAACGAGUGAAAUAAGUGAAAUAGUUAUGGAUAUUAUGACUACAAGAAUCUAAAUGUGAACAUUCAGAAGUUAUUGUUCGUAAUUUACAUCCAUCAGAAGAUGAAAAAUUGAAAAUGACCCUCAUUUGUAAUCACAGCAAAAUUGCAAGUGUAUAAAAAGGAGCUUAGUUUAUCAACAACAAUUUAAAGACUGUUGUCUGUUGAUCACCAAUUUUAAGAUCUGUUGAUCACCGAGAUAGACACUGGUGUUGAAGUGAGUUUACAGCAGAUCGAAUGUCAUGUUGAAUUUCAUGCGUACUGACAGUGGUAUUUAAUAAAUAACAAGUCUCACCUGUGGUUGUGUCUAUAUAUGCUGACAUGUCUCUGAGUCACUGUCUGUCGUAUCACUCGAUUCGGACUUCUGGCAUGACUUUCGAAGGACCUCUUCGCGGUUUCUCUUGUUUUCAUGCCUGUUUAUUGUAGAUCUUGACACCAGUUGAUCAUAGUGAUGGCAUAAAACCAGAUUCCUUGACUCGUCCAUUGACAUAAUUGUCAAUAUUAACCGAAUCUAACAAACCUCGAUCUACACAGUAGUCAGUACGUAGUUUCGGUUUCCGAAUAGGGGAAUAACAAACCCGCAAUAAUCAAUAUAAUAACUUUGUCUCAAAAAUAACAAAAUCCCCUUGUGUUUGAUCAGCUUGUAGCCUUGUAUGCCUCGACCUUUUAAUUUUAAUAAUAAACAUUCGCCGGCAGAUAUCGGAGUUUUCUUACAGUGAACGAACAUGACCAAAGAUUUAAGGAGCUUUCCUGUUGUCCUGAAACUUACAUUAAAUCUCACAAUUGCUUUUGUUAUGGAUUAGGGUUCACCUUAAUACAUGAAAGGUAAACAUUUAAAUUUAGUGAGACUUUCGUGCGAAAUUAAAGCACCGUAAAAGCAUAGUCCACCCAUGUGCUAGAAAUUGAAAAUUAAAGGGCCUUAAAGAACCUUAAAGCUUGUUUAAACGAUAUUUUAAGGUCACCUACUUUUAAGGCAUACUUAAAAGCGCCUUAAAGCUUAUCCUCAAACUUUAAGGAACUUUCAGUUAUCCUUAAAGCCACUUAAAUCUCAAUUUUCGUCCUGUGUGAUGGGAAACAUUUUCCGCAACAAAUAUUGACCAACAGCAAAGCUUAAUGACCACCCGCACCAUAAAGGAAAUUAUCCAUUCCUGCUUCAAAGUGCCAGAAGAAAGACUCGGAAUGGCCGAGUUGAUGUGUUGUUUGGACACUCUUGUUGAAUGUAAAAUGCCGUAAUGUAAAAUUUAUAUAUACCUUUGAGUAAUAGGCCCUCGGUCUUCCAAGGCCAAGCAAUUUUGGCCCUUUGUUGGCGCAAACCAAGUAGCUUCAUCACAUCAUACACCUGCUGCCUAUAAAGGUCCAUUUACAUGGUGCGAUUCUUGUAUACGAUAGUCGUAUACAACUUGCUUACAUCAUUUCUGCGAUGUAUUUACAUGAUAAGAUCUGUGUACAAUUGUUGUGGCCCCGUGCAUUUCACACGAACAAACAUACUGGCCUGAGCAGGAAAUGUUACAAUUGACGCCAUCUGUCGCAAUCAAAAGCUAACGAUGGAUGCCAGGAAGCUAUUAGCUUGCUAGAUUAGCUUAGCGAUUUUAAGGCGAAGGGAAAAAAGAAAAGAAAACAAGCCAUUUGGACAAGGUCUUGGUUAAAACGUUCAGACCACAGAAUUUAUUGGCAAUUAUUAGAAGAAUUGCGGCUUGAAGACCCCAAGAAAUAUCAUCGAUACUUGCGAAUGGACACAUCGACAUUUGAGGUAUUUUGCAAAAUAUUAUGCAGGGUUCGAAAUAACGGUUCGUGAAUCACAAAUCAAUUUCCAUUUUUCACGAACCCAAUUUCAUAGAAAUUGAUCAAAAUCACGAAUCAAAAGUCUCUCAAAUUGAUAAAAUAUCAGUUCUUUGUAAAUGUGAUGAAGGAUCAUAUACUCUGAAGAUAUUGUUGUUAGAUUGUACUUAAAAACGAUUAUAAUUCCACCCAAAAUUCUAUUUCUUUGAGAGUUUGCGAUGUAUAUUAUAUAUUUGAAAAUUGCAGUGCUUCCACUUUUUAACUUCCAAUUGGAGAAAAUUCCUUGAAAAUUCCUUGAAAAUUCCUUAAAAUAAAAUAUUAAUUCACGAACCAUUUUUUCAGAAUUAAUUCGAACACUGUUAUGUUAUACAAACUUACAAACAUACAUACAUAUAUAUAGUUGUUACAUCUUUACAGUUUGUUCCUAAAUAUUUACAAGCAUGUAUACUGCAUGAUAAUACUGUUUUAAUUACAUGUAAAUGAUGUAAUAACAACAUAAAUACCAUCUUUGGUAUAUAUUAAAAGUACAUAUUUAAAUGAAAUCAAAUUAUACAAAAUAUAAUAUUAAUUAUCCUGUUUCUAACUCUGAAAUGACCGUAAAAGGUCUUAACAGUACUUCCAUUAAACUCAUAAUUGAAGUUUUGAAUAGCCAUAUAAGUACAUGAUAACACAUAAUUAUAUUAAACUUUGAAACUUUAUUGAAGGGUUUUAAUACACAAAUUACUGGUAAACCAGUAUUUUACAUUGUGGUCAUAUAUAUUAGAUAAUAUAUAUGCUUGUAUAUAUAACUAUAUUUAUUUUAAAAAAAUUCCUGGUUUCUGAUUGACUAUCUGGUUACUAAAUUGUCAUAUCAACUCAAUGGCUAACCAAAUAUUUGGACGUGUUUGCGCCAUAUUACUAUGACGACAAGAAUCAUAUUGACUCACUGACGCCAUUGAUAUGACGACGACUGCCAAAGGAAUAAGGAAUUGUUUUUUUCUUAAUACAAAUAAAAUACAAAUGGCUUCCAUUUGUUUUGAAUUUUUAAAAUAAAUAGAUAAAACAAUUAUUGAAUUCGGUUUUCGCACAAUAUGAAGAAUUAUCAAGCCCUCAGUUUGCCUUUAUCACUUCGGGCUUGAUAAUUCUUCAUAUCGUGCUCAACCUCAUUCAAUAAUUGUUAAAUAUUGAUAUAUACAGCAAAAACACAAAUGAAUUCAUUAUUUAUAUAGUAUUUCAUUGCUAUAACUUCAGGCUUGUUGUAUGACCACCUUUCUCUAGCUACCAAUAUAUUAUAUUUUGGUAUUAUAUUAUGAUUUUUAAUAUGGUGAUAAUCUGUCUGUAUUCAACUGUUUAUUAUAUCUUUUGAUAGUCAUUGUUGAAGAACGUGGAGUGUCAAUUGCAGAAGAAAUAUACAAAUAUGAGAGAGGCAAUGCCUGCAGGGCAGAAGCUAGCAUUAACAUCGAGAUUCUUGGCUAGUGGAGAGUCAUAUUGCCACUUUUGCAUUAUCAGUUCUGUGUCUCUGUGCCUUCCAUAUGUUGCAUAGUACCAGAAGUAUGUGACGUUAUCUAUAAUACAUUGAAGAGUGAAUAUUUGAAAUUCCCUGAAAGUGAAGAGGACUGGCUGAAGAUAGCAACAGGAUUCAAGGAAAAAUGGCAACUUCCACAUUGCGUUAGUGCUGCAGAUGGGAAACAUAUUAGAAUUAUACACCCGCCUAAAAGUGGUUCUGAAUUCUAUAAUUACAAAGGUUUCUUCAGCAUUGUUCUAAUGGCAGUUGUUGAUGCAGAUUACAACUACAAUAUGUUGGUUGCCAGGGCAGAAUUAGUGAUGGAGGCAUGAUAAAAAACACCAUUUUCUGGAAAAACGUUGGUCAACAAUGCACUUCACAGAACCUAAGCCACUUGAUGACGAGAGAAUUCCAGUUCCAUACUUCCUUGCUGGUGAUGAUGCAUUUUCCCUCGAACCAAAUGUUAUGAAGCCCUGUGCCCAAAGAGCUCUCACAGAUGAAAAAAGAAUCUUCAGCUAUAUGCUUUCAAGGGGCAGGCGUGUCAGUUAGAAUGUUUUUGGCAUUUUGACCUUCCAAAUUCAUUUCUGGCCUUUUCAGGGUCAUACGAUACAAAC